AUGGCUCCAGACGCGCCAGCUCCGAUCGACGUUCAUAACGCGUCUCAAAUUAAGUGUCGUGAAUUCCUCAAACUGCUCAUUAUCGUCGCACUGCUGGAUCUCGAAGAAGAUAAUGGCGGACAUGAAUCAUGGUCAUGCUCAGACGUGGUUACCCGAUCCGGUGCAAGCAUUAUUCGCAUCCGCCUUGACCAAGCCCCCUCUCCUACUAAAAUUCUCAACUUGAACUAUUUCUGUACUGUGUUAAAGCCGGAGUACAAAUUCAACGCGGCUCGAGAAAUAAAGCUUCCGCCUUUCCCCUUGUUUUCCUCGGUUCCGCCCUGUCACAUCACAUGCAACGCUCAACCUGGUGGUUUGACUAUGCCUCUUCUAAACAAGAAUUUCGUUUCUGGUCAGGCCUCCCAGACGCGCCUGUCAAUCAAGGCCACACGGAAACGCUUUCAACCGCCGCACAUCCAGCACUGCCAGCUCGAACUCCGGCAGCUGUUCCGUCAACAGCGGCAACAGCGGCAUCUCCCGCCUCGUGCUCCUCCUUUCCGAACCAAGACUUUUCCCCCUAAGGCGUGGGAGUGGACAUUCGAGGAUGGUGGCAUGGAGAGCAGGGCAGGUCAGCCUCGUGCAGCCCGGGCCAAUGACCAGCCUCGGCCAGUUGAAACGGUCCCAACCCACGGGUGGGGGUGCCGCUAG